CUCGGACACACUGACUGACUGACAGUGAGCUCAGUCUGUUCCACUUUUCUCUGAACCAGCACACAUAGUCAUGUAACGGUAACUACAGCGGACCGGUGAAGUCUGCUGCUACCCGGCUCGUCUGAGUCCCGUCCAGUACCCCCCCCCCCUCUGAAACCACGGCGGCUCCAAUGCUACAGAUCAAAGGAUGUGCGGGAAGACGCGAGGACGCAAAGGUCAGCGAGCCGGUUCGCUGCUCUCAUCGGUGAUAAAGUAGAGACACCGCAAGUCCCCGACAAGGACGGAUCUUUUUUUUUUUUUUUUUUUAAUUCUUUUUUUUAAUCUCGCAUGAACCCGGGGAGGAAUAGGCUCUGUUUGGGGGCAUUUCCAACGACCCCAGGAUGAGGAGCCCCGGAGUCCCUCGGGUGGUUUUUGCCGUGGGUCUCGGAUGUUUCAUUAUGCUGCUCCUCUACUUCAACAGCAGUCUGAAGCUGGCGUCAGAGCCGCUCGGUGACAGGAGCAGUGGGCAGAAGUCGAGGAGGAGUCCUCUGCAGACUCUUUAUGAAGGAGACCAGGUGGAGUCAGCAGUGCAGGUGAUCCAUCAGGGCCGCCGGGAAGUGUUAGAAGAAGCCUGCCGCUCCUACACCCGCAAACGCAGAGUUCUGAUCCCCGAGGACCUGAAGCACGUCAUUGUGGACGACCAGCACGGCUUGCUGUACUGCUACGUCCCCAAAGUGGCCUGCACCAACUGGAAACGAGUGCUCAUGGUUCUGACGGGUGUAGCCGGGUCCCAUCAGGACCCUCUGUCGAUCCCCGCCAACGAGGCCCACGUCCCAGGAAACCUCCGCACCCUCUCGGAGUACUCCACCUCUCAGAUCAACCAGCGCCUGCGCUCCUACCUGAAGUUCGUCUUUGUACGUGAGCCCUUCGAGCGGCUGGUGUCCGCCUACCGCAACAAAUUCACGCGGAGCUACAACACGGCUUUUCAUAAACGAUACGGCACAAAGAUAGUGCAGCGGCACCGGCCGAACCCGGAGGCCGAGGCCCUGGAGAGAGGAAACGACGUCUCCUUCGAGGAGUUUGUGUAUUACCUGGUGGACCCGGCCACCCAGCGGGAAGAGCCCUUCAAUGAGCACUGGGAGCGGGUGCACUCACUCUGCCACCCCUGCCUCAUCCACUACGAUGUUGUGGGGAAAUAUGAGACGCUGGAGCAGGACUCCCGCUAUGUGCUGCAGCUGGCCGGAGUGGAGAACAAGGUCAGCUUCCCUGCCUCGUCCAAAAGCACAAGGACUACUGGAGACAUGGCGGCCCAGUUCUUCCAAAACAUCAGCCCCUUCUACCAGAAAAAGCUCUACAACCUCUAUCGCAUGGACUUCCUGCUCUUCAACUACUCUGUUCCAGCCUACCUCAAGUUUAGAUGAGGCUGGGACUCGACUCAAACGUGUAGAGCCAGGACUUUAUUUUUGACUUUUGUUUUUUUUGUCAUUAUGGACCACUGCGAAAAAAUAUGAUGAUUGAAUUGGAAAGUCACUUAAAGGAGCAAUAUGUAACUCUGACACGUAGAGCUUUAAAAUUCUAAACAUCGAAGAGAGCUGUCUCCCCUCUCCCCCUCCUCUCUAGAGUCGAUGCCCACACAGGUUGCCAUUUCGCGGACUCGGAAGCUUCAGUGUUUAGCCAGCUCUGCAUCUGUCUUGAAACCUUCCUGCAACUGUUCAAGGCUUUUAAGAUCGGGUAGAAUCAGUUGGAUCUGAACCAGUUUUCGCUUCCCCGCUUCCAUCGCUGCAGCCCCUGUCGGUUUGUUGUUUGCCUGGCAAACCGAGGGGCGUCCAAGGGGGGCCGUGUGGAGGUGCCUUAAAACCUCCUACCUUCUCUGGUCCAAACAAAUCCAGAGCAUUCAGGAGCAGAAUCUAAAGUUAGAAGGAGGACAUACUGGCUGCUGCAUUGUUGUCAGAGAAGACAGCACUUCAAAUAUAGAUUAUAUAGUAAGGUCACUUUAUGAUAUUUUACAUACUGCUCCUUUAAUGACUUUUUAAAAACAAGAGCAUCAGACACACAGAGGAUACAAGUGGAACUGAAGAGAGUUGCAACUAAUAUUUUAAUGUCAACAGUGAUUCAGUGGAUGUUGGUCACUGACUUUGAAUGUGCUGAAAGCCAUUUUCAAUUCUGGGUUGUGUUUGUGUCUCCUGCUGUUUCAGAAGUGCGUAUGUAAUCUCAUCUACAAAACAUGUAACUCUUAUCACAAUUUCCAGUGAAUGUCUACGAACGUAUGUGCCUUUUAAUUGAGCCUCUUUUUCAACCCAGCAGACCAUGACAACUUGUAUUACUGUGACUAUUUUGAUUGUGCUGCAGGAAAAGGAUUGAUGUGCAGUUAUAGGUUUGUCUUAAUUUAUUGUUUUACUUUUUACCGCGUAAGGACGGAAAACCCAACACGGGUUAUUUAGUUUCUAUGACAAUUUUCAAAUAAACCUGUUACAGCAAGAAUGUGUCCAUUGGUCUGAAUA